AUGGGUGCAUACAAGGCUCCUCCACCUGCGCUGCCUGCGCCUCAAGAACAUCUCCAGGACGUUCCAGGUCCUCACAACUGUGCCCCAACGCCUCCUCCACCGCCUUCACGUUCUCCUUUGCCUCCUCAUUGUGCUCACUCUGUCCCUGCCCCUCAAGUCCCUACAUGUUGUUCUGCCAGGGAUAGGACUGUGACCACCCAGUGGUGGAAGCUGGACAAGCCUCGCUUGUAUCCUGCUGAGCCUGCACCUGCUGGGCCUGCUGAACCACUUGUCCCUGUUGAUGAGAAGGUGGACAUGGUCCCAGACAGUGAGGACAAGGAUGAGGAUGCUGAAGAUGUGGACACUGCACUAGCGCUCCUGGGCUCAUACUCCUUGCUGAGGUGA